AUGGAUUGCACUUUAAACUUGACUGGUAGGGAUUUUCAUAUAGAUUUAAUCCCGAUCCAACUAGAAAGUUUUGACAUAAUUGUGGGCAUGGAUUGGUUAUCCAAGAACCGAGCUAAAAUGAGUUGUUUCGAGAAGAUCGUUCGAAUUCCGUUUCUCGAAGGGGGAAUACUCGAAGUACACGGAGAGAAACCCAGAAGGGGUAUUAAACUAGUGACGUGUUUGAAGAUGCAAAAAUAUUUGAGAAAAAACUGCAUUGCCUUUCUAGCUCAAGUUAUGGAUAGGAAAGCUGAAGAAAAACGCGUUCAAGAUAUUCUUAUACUUGGAGACUUUCCUGAAGUAUUCCCAGAUGAAUUGCCUAGAAUACCCCCACCAAGACAAGUUGAGUUCCACAUAGAACUAAUUCUUGGGGCUGCACCCGUGGCAAAAGCACCAUAUCGGUUAGCACCAUCUGAGAUGAAGGAGCUGUCGUAA